AGUUUGACGACUGAGAUAGUUCCAAUGACCGCAUCUGGUGAAAGCCGUCUCGAGAAGGCGAACAAGAAGUCCCCCUUCGUGCAGAUAAUGCAGUUGGCCAUUCCCAACAUGAUCAGCUUCCUCGUUAUGUACUCUAUAUUCGUUAUCACUAUCUUCUUUGUAUCGGCCACUAAUGAUUCCAAUAUGCUUGGCGCCAUUGGUCUCGGAUCGGUCAUCCAGAACGUGUUCGGAUUCAGUAUUGGAGUCGGUCUCAUGUCGGUCCUUGACACUCUAGUCAGCCAGGCAGUCGGCGCCGGCAACCCCCACCUCGGCCUCAUCUACUUCAAUCGUGCACGUAUUGUCGGCACCAUUGCCUUCGUUCCUUGCUUCAUAGUCAUGUUCUACACUGAGCCCAUCCUCCUCUGGAUGAACCAGGACCCCCUCACGUCUAAGCUGGCCGCUGAUUACGUACGCGGUAUGAACUGGGGUCUCUGGCCAUUCUUCAUGUACAAUGCUAUGUGCAGUUUCUUGAGGUCCCAUAGGCUACCAGAAGCCCCUCUAUAUGUCAACGCCAUCACAGGCUGUGGCCAUGCCCUUUUCUGUUGGCUCUUCUUAUUCAAGUUCCACUUCGGCGCCUAUGGUGUUGGUAUUGCCAUGACCUGUACCCAAUGGGGUCGAUUCAUCCUCCUUGAGCUCUACGCUGCCGUAUUGCAUCCCGAGACCCAUGCCCAUGGUUGGACCCCAGAGAGCCUCCACAACUUGUGGGAGUUUGUGGCUCUCGCUAUCCCCUCUGCCCUCCUUAUGUGGAGCGAAUGGUGGGCUUAUGAAGUUCAGUCGGUAUUCGCGGGUUGGGUUGGCCCGAUGUCUUUGGCAGCUCACGUGGCCGCCUCUAACAUCGUCUCCAUCAUCUAUAUGGGCCCGUGUGGUAUUAGCCAGAGUGCCAGCGCUCUCGUUGGCAAUUCUCUUGGCGCUGGUGAUGUCCGUACGGCUCAUCUGUUCAACCAUAAGAUCAUCAGAGGAACUCUCGUCUGCUUUAUUGUGGUUGCUAUUCUCAUGUGCAACUUCCGUUACUACGUUGCAUACCUCUAUAGCCGCGAUCCAGCGGUCCUCUCUAUCCUAUGUCCGGCACUACUAGCCGUCUCUGUAUUCUGCAUAUUUGACGCCAUGCAAGCCUGCCAAGAAGGUGUCCUCAGAGGAUGUGCUCUCCAGGGACGAGCCUCGACCUAUAAGCUGCUCGCUAUGCUCUUGAUUCGACUUCCUCUGGGUUAUCUCUUCGCGUUCGGUUGGGGAGCUCUGCCGGCCAUGGGUGUCCCCGGCAUCUGGUGGGCCUCUGUUGUUGGUAUGGCCAUCACCUGUUCAGCUUACGGUGCGAUUAUCUAUCGUUGUGAUUUCACCAAAUGUGCUCAGGAGGCCCUCACAAGGCACGAGAAGGAGGAAAAAUUGAAGGCGGCUCGCAGUCCCCUACUUGAUGAAGAGGAGGCCGCUGGUGCCGGUGCUGCUGUAUAAGUACAUCAUCAUACGUGCAACUUUCCUCACCAACGUUAUAAUCUAUGCGCUUCUACGUUCUACCACUGUCUCUUC